CUGGAAUCUGUUGCUCGUUCCGAUUGACUUUUAAAUAACAGACAGAAUAUUAUUUAAAUUUGGAAUGUGAUUUUAUUGAAAUUGUUGUGCCAAUAUUAAAAAUAAAAUUGGAGUUAUUCAAUUAUAAAAAAGAGCCAUGAAGUUGGUGAUAUUGUUACUGUCUGCUAUCUCCACGGCGUGUGGUUACAACAUUCUAUGUAUCCAAUCGGUGCCAUCGAAGAGCCACUACCAUUUGAUGAAGGGCAUCGUGGAUCCGCUUUUGAAAGCUGGCCAUCAGAUAACAUUCGUGUCAACAUACCCAGAAUCGAAACCGGUGAAAAAUCUGAAGUACAUAGACGUUAGUCACAUACAAAUGCUAACCCAAAAUGUCGAUAUUAUAGAUCGUUCUAAGCAAGGUAUGUCAAUAGUCAGGGAAUUCGCGAGGAACAUAUCCAGGGAUGCAAUAGGAACUCCAGCAGUCAGGGAUGCACUGAUGAAGGAGAAGUUUGACGCGGUCGUCACGGAGUGGUUUUUUUCUGAUGUUGAUUCUGGAUACGCGGCUGUUCAGCAAGUACCAUGGAUCCUCCUCAGCGGUAUGGUGAUGCACCCGCACAUGGAAGACUUAAUCGACACUGUUAGAUCCGUACCCGUAAUACCAGCCAUCAAAAACGACUCGCCCAUACCGAUGAACUUUUGGAGUCGUCUCAUGAAUACUUUUGCUUUCUUAUACAUGAGCAGUGGAACAAUAUUGCACUACUCGACGGUUAAGUCCGACUACGAAAGCUACUUCUCCCCCAUCGCAAAAGCCCGGGGUGUGACCCUUCCUCCUUACGACGAAGCACUCUACAACGUUUCCAUACUCUUCGUCAACUCGCACCCCUCGUUCGCACCAGCCCAGAGUCUCCCGCCCAAUGUUGUUGAAAUUGGGGGGUAUCAUAUCUCUGAAGAAGUGCCACCGCUACCAAAGGACCUACAAGAUCUUCUAGAUUCCUCUCCUCAAGGUGUCGUGUACUUCAGCAUGGGAUCAGUCCUCAAGUCUUCAAUGCUGCCAGAGAAGACUAGAAAAGAUCUUAUUAAUCUCUUCGGUGAACUGCCGUACACCGUGCUCUGGAAGUUCGAGGAAAAACUCGAUGGUCUGCCGAAGAACGUCCACAUCAGACCCUGGAUGCCGCAAUCCAGCAUUCUUGCUCACAAAAACGUGAAAGUCUUUAUCACUCAUGGCGGUCUCCUUAGCACGCUGGAAUCGCUCCGGUUCGGAGUUCCCAUCAUAGCCAUCCCCGUGUUCGGAGAUCAGCCUUCAAACGCGCAGAAAUGCGUGCGGGGGGGUCACGCGCUGAUGGUAGACUUCACAGUAGAUAUGGGGGAGGCGCUGAAAGACGCCUUGAAAGAAAUGCUGAGCAACGACAGAUACUACAAACGAGCGAAGUACCUAUCGAAACUGUUCACCGACCGUCCAGUGACCACCACUCACCUCAUACAGCACUACGUGCGACUCGCCAUCGAGAGCAAUGGCGCUAACCAUCUCCGUUCCAAAGCUCUCCUCUAUUCGUGGUACCAACUGUGGAUGUUGGACCAGUUUGCUUUAAUUCUUUUUAUAUUUUAUAUAAUGUACAGAAUUUUUAAGAAAAUUGUAGGUUUGUUUAAAAAAGAUAAAAAUGUCAAAAGCAAGAAAGAGAAAAGACAUUAAGUAUUAUUUAUUUAAAAAAUAAAAACGUUUUUUAAAAACAA